AUGGCGGAGGUCAAGAAGGAAGCGUUGGAGCGUCUGCGUCCAUACCUCUGUGAGAAGCUAGUGGCAGACCGCCACCUGGACUACCUCCGGUCCAGGAGGGUCCUUACGCGGGACGACGCCGAGGACAUCUGCUGCAGGGUGGGGAACAGCAAGAAGACCGGUAGGAUGCUGGACUACUUAGCCGAGAACCCCAGGGGCCUCGACUACCUCGUGGAGUCCAUACGCCGAGUGAGGACCAAGGACUUUGUCAUCGGGAAGAUCACCAGCGAAGUCGAGGCGGUGAAGAGGAGAGAGGUGGCCAUCUCGUCAGCAGCAGGCAGUUCUCCGCCAGUCUGUAUAUGCAAAGAGAAAACUCCCUUUGUGUCGUUGCAGAGUGACAGUACUGGAUACAAAGGCAGUAGUGAAGCACGGUCCAUCCAAACCUCUCUGUCCAACUCCGAAGACAAGUGGGGUCAAAAUGAAGCAUCCUUUUCCUGGAGUGCCCUUCCUGAAGGAGUUAGUGUCUCUUCUCUACACAGUCUGCCAAAACCAGGAGAGCAGGGCGCUCCUUCAGUGCCCCUUGAGGACUCCGAGCCCGGGACCUUAGAGUCUGAGAGCAGUGACCAGUUUCACACCCUCCGUUCCUUUUCAACCCCCCCCUCGGUGAUGGAGUAA